AUGUCUAACCCCGGCAAACGAAAAAUCCUCAUCUUCUCGGACUGCGACUUCGGGCAAGCCAAUGUCGUCCUUUCAACCAUUUACGCAUUGGUCUGCGCCGACCCCAACAUAGAGAUCCAUGUCGCCUCACAGCCGGGCAUGCAAGGCCAGCUUUCCCGCAUCAUCAAGCAGGUGUCCAAUGAUCUUGGAUCCGCAGCUGCAGAAUCUAUCAAGACCCAUGACUUGGUCGGGCUAUCUCACUGGGAAGCCAUGGAGAGGCCUGGUAACCCCAAUCUCGACUCUUGGGCGUGCGACCCGACGAUCCCCAACAUGGUCAGCAUGCUGUCUGUUCUUCCAGGAAUCACUCUCCCGUGGAGCGCAGAGGAGUUUGUCGAGAUCUACCGGGACGUCGAGCGUGUAUGGGGCGAGGUUCAGCCAGACGUAACCGUCGUUGAAAAUUUCUUCGCCCCUGCCCUUACUUUCUGCCAUAACCUCCGCCCAAAAACGCCGUGGAUAGUCCUGGCCCCGAAUACGAUCAAAGAAUUUGCCCUAUCUGCGCAACCAGGAUUGCCCAGUCUUUGGAAAUAUCCCAUGAGACGGGGGCGUUGCAUAAACCACAUGAACGAACAGCUGGGUCAAGGGCUUCAACUCAUCACGGUCAACGAACUUGGUCUUCUCGCUCCGCCACCACCUGGAAUUCGGGUGAUGGUCGCAAAUAGCCCGGACAUCGACUUUCCAUUUGACGUCAUUCCAGAUUUUAUGGUCCCCUGCGGCCCAAUUACAAGACCUGCAGCGCCCAUCUCGACCGAAGAUCCGGAACUCGCGAUUUGGCUCGGUCGCGGCCCGACAGUUUACAUGAACCUUGGAACACAUCGUUCGUUCGAUGUUGCCAAGGCAAGAGAGGUGGCCUACGCUUUCCGCAGCUUGUUUGAUGCUGCAAAGAGCUCCCAUCUCAACAAUUUGCAACUCAUUUGGAAGAUGCCUAGGGUAGCAUCAGAGGGAGACACUUCUGGCUUUGAGGGCCCUUGGAAAGAAAUCAAAGACAUCCUGGUGUCUGAGAUGGACCAAGACCGCGUCAGAAUUGUGGAUUGGAUUACUGCCGAGCCCAAGUCUCUGCUUCAAUCUGGCCACGUUAUCUGCUCUGUCAACCAUGGAGGAUCCAACUCUUUCCACGAAGCGAUAUGUUGUGGAAUCCCUCAAGUUAUCCUACCAGGAUGGGCUGAUUGUUACGAUUUUGCUCUGCGCGCUGAAUUCCUGGGCAUCGGCAAGUGGGCGAGCCGCACCGCACGACCGUUAUGGAAGCGAGACGAGCUUGCCAAGGGCCUUGAAGAGGUUCUUUUAGGUCCUCAGGCAAUGGAAAUGAUCAAAAGAGCCCAAGAACUUGCGAAGCGACACCCGGAAGGCGCAGGCCGUGAUCGUGCUGCAGAAGAAAUUCUUAAACUAUUAGAUGGGGACAACACAAACGGGGUGAACGGAAAGCACUAA